ACUACAACGAAGACUUCACUCCCUUUGGAUGAUUCCGAAGAUUCCGAUGAUGAUUUAGAAGAAGGCGAGGAAAGAGUCCACGACAAAUCUACGCCUCCAGGUUCCUCUGACAAGUUUUACGCCAGAAAUGCGAGCAAUGGGGUCGAAAAUGAAGCUGGGAAUAGGGAUGUUAGUCCCAAUAUGUCCUUAUCGCUGGAGAAACCUAUGGAGGAUUUAAUUAAAGUCGAAUCAAGCCUCUAUGAUGAAUUAUCAGUUUUCGCUGAAACGAUUGAUCUUUGGGAUAAGGAUCCUGCUUAUAUUGCAAAUAAAGCUUCUGCUAAGGUAGUUUCGAAAUUUUUUGCUUCCUCGAAUUCAAAUAAUGCACUUCCUGAAGUUCUUCAAUUUCAAAAUUUCUUGUUAAAUAACGGCGGACGAACUGGUGGUUGGACAGAUUUCAAUCACCAAACUUUUCUUAAAAUUCGUCGUCGAUACUUACCUCGAAAUUUAAAGAAAAUCUGCUCAGUUCCUGAUAACUUAAGGGAUCAGUUCUUACAAGAGGUUACGUCAGCACUUUACUUGAAUUCGAUCGAACGAGCUCACGAUCAUGAUGUCUGGUUUGUCACGCUUAACAAACUGGAAUUAUUAAGUAAGAAUGCAAUGAAGAAAUUCAAAACUUGUCAUAAAAUAACACCUUCUGUGGAAGAAACAGGAACUCAAAUAAGACCUAAAUUAACGAGUGAAAGGUCUUUAGAUCGUUCACAGAAGAGGGAUCAGAUCAUUGCUUGGCGUGAGGCAAAACAGCGUGAGCUCGAUCAAAAGUUGGAGGAAGAAAGACGGAGAAUGGAGGAACAACAACGAAUUGAAGAACUGAAACGACAGAAGCGUGUUAAGGAACUAAAAUCUCGAAUGGAGGAAUACCGUUUGAGAAGGGAGAGCUUGGGGGAAGUUAAAGCUGGGAGUCAUCAGAUCCAUGAAAGAAUCAUGAAUUCCUCAAAGAAGACCCUUACAGAGUUAGAUAAGAAGAGGAUAAAUGAAAGGAAUAGCCACCUUAUCCAACUCCAAAUUAGAAGGAAACUCGCAAAAUCUCGGAAACAGCAAGAGAGCCAGGAUCGAAUAAACCGCGCAAAUUCCAAGUUCCGCGUGGAAGUCAAACGCGACCCCGAUCGAGCAAUGGGCCACACGGAGCUGUGGAAGCUUCGAAUGCAGGAUCUGAAAGAGGAGAAGGUUCAGGCGUCUCGUUUGCAGCCAACAGCAAUGAGAAUUUUGUCUGAUCGACCACAGAGAGCUGUACCCGAAUGGAGACGACAAAUAACUGCUACCUAA